UUAGAAAUGGGGAUGCUGUCAAUUCGAUUAAAGCCCAAUUUUUUGGGUUUAUUAAAGUUUUUAAACAGUAUGAACUGGUUUAUAGUGUUUUUUAGUUUAAUAAACUUAUCAAUGUGUAUCUAUGAAGAUCAAAUUGGCAAAUUUGAUUGGCGUCAAACAUACGUGGGACGAAUUAAGUUUGCACAUUUCGAUACAGUGACUACAGCUAAAAAAAUAAUAGUAGCCACAGAGGAGAAUGUUUUAGCUGCCCUAAAUUUGAAGACUGGUCAGGUAAUGUGGCGUCAUGUAUUUGAAAGUGCAGGCUCAGGGAAUAUUAAGUUAUUGCAUGUAAGUGAAGGUGAUAAAGUGACUACAGUCACAGGUAACAAUCCAUAUUUAGUUAGAGGAUGGGACCCAGCUACAGGUGUAUUACAAUGGGAAUGGCCAAUAUCGUUACUAGACACAGAAAGGGCGCACCUGUCUGAGUGGUGGGUGCAGAAUGGCAUGCUGGUGCACUUGUUGCCAGCGUUCGGAUCUCAUUUGGAAGUUACCAUGUAUAAUCUUAUGACGGGAGCUAAUAGAGGUGCUACGUCCAAGUUACCUGCUGGCUGGACCAAUGAUGGAUGUAUUCUAACUCCACCAUACUACACAUGUAUAUCAGGAAACAUGGGCGAGUACAUGCUCCUGUCCCUCGACGUUACCUCAAAUGCCGUCCAGAUAAUAAGCAAGCCGUUAUCAAGUUAUUUCCAAGCAAAUGAAGUUAUAGCGGGUAACUUGAGGCCGCUUGAUGGUAAUAGUGCAGUGCCAGGCUUCAUUAUCGAUGAUAAGAGUGUGGUGGUGAUAAAGAAUAAUGAUCUGCAAUCUUUGGGUGUGAGGUUGGCGGACCAGAUGGCGACGGCUACGGUAACUGAUGGAGCGUAUGGACAGACGUUGAUGCAGUCUUGGAGCGAUGAGAAUAAGGGUUUCUCGCUGAAAGCACACAAUGUAGCAACAGGCAAAGAAAUACCAGAGAUAAGUAGAACGAACCCCAAACUACACAUUCCGGACCCAGAAAUAUUGGACGUAGUUUGUAUGAACACUGCGCGGGAGAUGCCCGCGUGUAGGAUAUUGAUCAAUGCCGGUGAUGACGCCGUACAUCUGGUGCAGCAAGAAGGUCGCGUGUUAUGGACGCGAGAAGAAGCUUUAGCAAAUAUAGUAGCUGCCGAGUUUGUAGAUUUGCCCGUGUCUGACACUGAUGCAGCCCUAGAGUCUGAAUUUGACCAGAAAGAAGCUGCCAAGGUGUACAGUUCAGUAUGGGCGGCGUUCGUGCGUCGUCUCCACACACAGUACCAGCAGUUGCAAAAUUUGAUGCAGAACUUGCAAAGCGAAGGCGUGGUGCAGGAGACACCUACGUCUUUGGUCAGGGACUACUUUAACCUGCACAAGAUUAUUGUGCUGCUAACUGAUGUGGGAAAGAUAUACGGUAUGGACAAUUUAUCUGGUGAGAUCCUCUGGCAACGCUACGAGCCCAGUCUCAACACGCAGUCAGCUGUCAUGUUCACACGUCGCAGCGCCAGGCAUCCGCCGUAUGAUGCUUACCUCACUAUUCUGGGAAAACACGAGGAGACUGGAAACGGCUACAUAAUCAGCUUGAACCCGAUCCGCGGUACCCUAGUGGGGGAGGGGCGGUUGAAACUUGAUGUACGCCUGCUGCAGUGCGCCCUGCUGCACUCGGCCGAUGUGGAGCGGCUGCACGCGCUGGUGCUGCUGGACGAGGACGAGGCUGUGCAGGUGCUGCCAGUGUCCGCGACGCCGCUAGUACGAGACUUGUACAUGUAUGUUGCUGAAAAAGAAACUGGCCAUUUAAGAGGAUACGCGCUCAAGUAUGAUGGACGGCAAGUGGUAGCGCAACGCACGUGGUCCCUGUCGCCGGGCGGGCCGGGCUCGCAGAUAGUGGCGCUGGCGGGCAAGAGCCGCAGCGGGCGCGUGCACUCCGCCGGGCGGCCGCUCGCCGACCGCAGCGUGCUCUACAAGUACUCCAACCCCAACCUGCUGCUCGUGCUGCUGGAGCGGCCCCAGGACAUGUCAGUAACAGCAGUAGCACUGGACGCGGCUAGCGGUACAGUUGUAGCGGCGGCUGCACAUCGCCGUGCGCGAGCCCUACCGCUCGCCGUACACGCGGACAAUGCGCUAGCGUACAUGUACCGGAGCGAUAAGCAUCGGCGCGUGGAGAUCGCAACAAUGGAGUUCUACGAGGGCAAAGAGCGCUGGCUAUCAGCUGGCGCUCAGUUCAGUUCGUUUGAGUCGGCCCGAGCCCCCAGUGUGGACAGACAGGCCUACAUCCUGCCCGCCACACCCACUGCGCUUGCCUUCACACAAACUGAACGGGCGCUGACUGACACGCAUAUAUUAAUGGCAUUAACAUCAGGCGCUAUAAUGGAGCUCCCCUGGGCAUAUGUCGAACCUCGCCGGCCUCUAGCGGGCGAGCCCCGGGAAGAAGGCCUCAUUCCCUAUGCACCUGAACUGCCCUUACCUGCAGAAGCGGUCGUGAACUAUAAUAGAUCGCUACCUAGGGUCCAGAAUAUAUAUACAGCACCUUCGGGAUUAGAGUCUACGAGUUUGGUGUUGGUUACUGGACUUGAUCUCUUCUACACACGAGUAGCGCCGUCAAAAACGUUCGAUUUACUGAAGGACGACUUCGACUACCACCUCAUUACGAUAGUACUAGCCGCUCUAAUUGUAGCCACGUACAGCACUAAGUUCUUUGCGUCCAGGAAAAUGCUGAAAAACGCCUGGAAGUGAUGCGGUGUGUGCGGGGGAAUUUGAACUGUAUCGCUUUAUAUAUAGAGGUCAUAUUUGUAUUGGUUAUUUUUACUACUUUUGUCCUUUUUCGUUGUUUCGUUCUGACUUCUCUCUUCUGACGCCUAAUGUUUUUUGACGGUGACGUCACACUUCUCUACAAUCUUGAAACGGUGUACCUGCGAUGUAUGGAAGAUAUCAAAUCGUUUAUGAUAUAGUGCUUAGUCGUAGAGAGAUUAUAGUAAUAUUUAUAUAUUAUUGCCAGUUUUAAAUAUUUAACGGCAACGUCUACGUAAUAUGUCGAUUGUUUGCAUAUGGGCAAACGGAUUUUAUAAAAAUAAUAGUAUUUUAUCUAUAUAUUAAAUAAAUUAUAUCAUAAGUAAUCAACAAUAAUUGAAGCAAUAAUUUCCAAUAAUAAACGUAUACGCCUUAAGUAGGCGGUAAAGACGCGUUCUGCUUGACGAUCACAAACAAAAAACUUAACCUGUUAUUUUUGAGUAUUUUGUACUAAACAAAAUACAUUGUGAUUAUCAAGUGGAACACAUAAAAUCCACUGCCAUUUUCUAUACAGUUCAAAUUCCUCUCUAGAUAAUUUAUAGAUUUGUGAAAUGUGAAUGUGUGCGUGUUUAUAUUACGUAAGUUAUGUUUAAUUGUGAGCGAAAUGUGUCAAAGUGAGAGUUUUAGUGUUAAAGUGGAAUGUUAUUUUUUUCACAUAUUAAUAUUUUCUUGUGUUUAAUUUUAUGGAGACUGUCUCUCCGUAACUAUGCUCGCUAUAAAGUGUGCGAAUCGUCGGGUUAAUAAUAAAAUGAAUAAAUCGCGUUUAAAAUACAAUAAAGUUUUGAAGUUCUCUUAGUUAUUGAAUUGGUCUGAUGUGUAUAUCUGUUAGUUAUUAUAUUUGAUUAGAAUAGGAUAUCUUUAGUUGUCACAAUAUCAUAACGAUAAUUUCUCAAGUUUUUGGGGAAAUAACACAUAAAAAUAUAAGUUUUUUGACUGGUGUGAUCGGAGUGUUUUAACUUGUGUUUAGAAGUGGUCUCAAAUUGUACCAAAUAUAGCGUCUCAUUUUGGCACAUUUCGCUACGAGGCGUCCACAUUUUUUACGGUUUCUUAUCUCUUGUUGAUGCGUAAGAAAAAUUAAUACAAUACAAUAAUGGCCAUGUGGUGAAAAUCGUAUAUUUAUGAGUAUUUCAGCCAUGAUUUACGAUAAAUAUGUAAUUUUACUGCAAAUCAACAUAUUGAUUUUUAUACAUGCAUUAAAAUUAAGACUUAGCAGUGGCUUUUAGAUUUUUCUAAAACACACUAGAGAUAAGAUCGAAAUGUGGACGUAAUCAAAGUUCGUGAUGAACAUGUAAUAAUUACUGUAUAUGGCAGUAUAUUAAGUUCCAAUAGACAAAUAUAUGAAAUGAAUUUUAAAAACGUAAGGUCAAAUAUACGCAGAUAGAAUUUCAAACUUGCACCCAUCAAUAUCAGAAUAGUUAUGUGAUAGAUGCUAUAAUAUAAAGAUUUUAAUAUACCUUUAUAACUAUUAUAGUUAGUGCAAUUUAUGCUGCGUCUACACGGAUCUAAAUAAUGUUUUCUAACUUACUAAUAUUAAUAAUGUUUUCACAAAAUACCGAUUCGUUUGAACAAGAAACCUGUGUGGACGUGGCAUUAGAAAUAAUUAUAUUUAAAGUUGGUUAUAAUUUUAUUUUGUAUUUAUUGAUGAGACCAUUCCAAAAACAGUUUAUUUAUUUUUUAAAUUGAUUAACAUGCAUUUUUUUUAAAACGGAACAUUUUUUGUUGUGAAUAGGUAGUUAGAAUUUAUUCCUAAGGAGUACUGAUUCCUAUCGAUUAUGCUUUAAGACCUUACAUCGAAUACAAAAUAAUGUAAAUUUGCGUUGAUUA